AGAGAAGUGGACUGAUUUUGUUGUUUGCUGUUUGUUGUUGAGGGGAGGAGACCAAGGAGACACCCACGUAAAUCAUGGAUGGGGCAAUUUAAUCGGUUUUGUCAAGAAUGGCUGAGAGGGGAAGGGUAACUGCGUGGGGGCUUGCUCAGAGGGACCAGAGGGACUCGAGGGACUGUCGGGGGUGGAAGCGGCGAGUGAGUGCAGCAAAACGCUCCCUGGGGCCACAGUGCUCGACUCGAGACUUUAGGAUGGAGGAGCCUUUCAGAAUCCAAAUAGGAGAACCGAACAUGGAUGGUGACGAAAGAAACCUAUAUAAGGUGGUUACGGCGACCUUAGCGAUGGUGAAGGAAAGGGUGAAGGCAGAGCUGCAAGCCCAGUAUAGCGGAGACAAGCAAGGCCAUGCUGAGUGUCCUGUAGAGACCAGUCCCCCGGAGUCUACUACAGGAUGUGUUUUGGUUUUGCCAAAGGGCGUGGACGCAGGGGUGGCGGGCAGCUGGAUAAGCGGGACACUGGCAUUUCUUCUGAAGGAGGUGGGAAAAGAAACCCUUCUCGACGCCCUUCACAACAGGAGUGAUCAGCGCGUCGUGGAGGCCAGCGCGCUGUUGGACCACACUUGGCAGCGGCUCAAUACAGGUCACUGGAAGAGCGUGCCCCAAACUUGGCGGCUGGUGUUCACGUGGGGCACCAUCACCCUGGUGGCACUGCUGCUGCAUCGGCUUCAGGCUGCCCUACAUGCCGGCGAUACCUCUCCCUCUGUGGCGGCCGUGGCCAGUGUGGUGCGGGCGUGUGACCGAGGUCUUCUGAUGGGCGCCGCUGUUGGGCGCAGUCCUCUCCAUUUUGCCGCAGCCACUCUUAACCCUUUCGCCCGGACGGGACCGUCAAGUGCCCCCGUUGAGGCCGAGGAGGCACCCAUCACACAAGAGGAUGCGGCUAGUGUCACCCGGCCGUUGGCCUCAGCCUCGUGCCCCGCGCUGGACCGCUUCUUGUUGAAACAUAUGGAGGGUGCGCUGCCAGUGAAGCUAUUAGGUGUGGCCCAGCAGUGGCCUGCCCUCCAGCGAUGGGGACUGCCGUAUUUCCGACGGGUGGCUGGUGCGCGGAUCGUGCCCGUGGAGGUUGGGGCACGCUACACAGACAGCGAUUGGUACCAGCGGCUCAUGACGCUGGACGAAUAUUUUACUGCAUACGUGACGGAACGCAGCGAGGAGGAGCGUCUCACCGGCUACCUGGCACAACACCACCUGCUCGACCAGAUCCCUGAGCUCAUGGAAGACAUUUUGGUGCCUGACUACUGCCACUUAGGAGACCACCCGCCCCGCAUCAACGCCUGGGUGGGGCCUCGUGGCACAGUCAGUCCGCUCCACCACGACCCAGACCACAACAUCCUUGUUCAGGUGGUGGGCUACAAGUACGUUCGGCUAUACACGGAGGACCAAAGCCACCUGUUAUAUGCGCAUCCAGAUCCUUUGCUCAGCAACACCUCCCAGGCUGACGUGGAAGGUCCAGUGGAGGCGUGGCCUCUGCUGCAGCAGGCUCGGUACCAGGAUCUCGUUCUGGGGCCCGGCGAGGCACUAUACAUCCCUCCGCGCUGUUGGCACUACGUCCGCUCCCUUUCCACCUCUUUUUCAGUUUCUUUCUGGUGGGCGUAACUUCUUCCAUUAUUUUCCUUCUUCAAAAUCUCUGCUCCCACACCCUGUGCGGAGUACAUAUUAACCUUGACCUUGCAACAUUAAUUCUGGCACCCUUUCCCAAGUCACAAUUAACUUUAGAUAAAUCCGAAAACUUUCAAUUCGGUAAGAUUUCCUCGCCACGAUUUUGUCAUGAGUCAUCAGGGUUUUCUACAAAUGUAAAGAGGCAAGUGUCUUGCCAGAAACUUGUGGUGGUGGACUUUGUUUAGAAACCGUAAAAAGAAUAGCCAUCAUCACUAGAUUAUUUUAUUCAACAACAACAAUAUAUAUAUAUAUAUAUAUAUAUAUAUAUAUAUAUAUAUAUAUAUAUAUAUAUAUAUAUAUAUAUAUAUAUAUAUAUAUAUAUAUUAGCACACUUAUAGCCUUGCAGCAAACCCAUUUCCUCUUCAUUGUAGCCUGACACAGUUGCCAAGUAGCACUUUUGGCGCUAGACUUGGCUUUUUUUCUUAACUUGCGCCUAGAUGAUUAUUAUGUUCGGCGCAUUAGUGCUUUUUUUUGCGUUUUUUUAUUGUAUUAGACACCAAAUUAACUCUUGGUGUCAUUUCAAAAUAUAAUUAUGUUCAAGUAUCAAUCAGCAGUAUGUAUACAUGUAAUUAAGGAAGUUUAAUCGAAACCUUUUAAAAUAUAGCACGGAAAGUAAGACUGGACAUAAUUUUUUGUUCGAACAGGUUAUAAAUACAGGUAGCCUACUACUCUGCAUUCCUCCUCUUAGUCCCUUGCCCAUCCGCUUCCUGUUCACAAAAAGUCCAGCAGCAGCUAUAAGUACUCUGACCUAUAGUCUCGUUUCGGUGGUAAGAGAACUACCAGGAAGGACAGUUACAUUCAUUGUUGUGUAUAUCUGGAUAAUUAUAUAUAACGAAUGCAACUAGAUUAAUCAUGAUCGAGUAAGAACUGCUCAACGUUUUAGAGCAGAGUGGUUGAAAGACCCCUGCAGAUAUGGGCGAGGGAGAAGGAGACAUUUCUUGCAAUUACCGCCAUUGUACGUACAUUGUCUGCUAAACUCGGUGACAACGAAAGACACAGGGAAACUUUUAACCACAAGAAAUCUGAUCGAAGAGCCAUUCAGAACUGAGAAACAAACGAGAAUAUCGUGUGAAAGUGAAUGAUGACAUACGGGAGACUCAAGGAAAUAUAAUCGCCAUUCAUUGUUGGUGAUCAGCUCAAUAAGUAUAUGAUGCACUAAUUUAAAGCUGAAAAGAUCGAAGUGUAAUGCAGUUAAUUGUGUUUUUUAGUGGCUUGAAAAAUGAUAAAGGUAAUAAGUUGAGCCUCUCGAUGAAUAAUGACGUUAUGGUUACGAUAUUGUAAGAUUGACUGAUUGAUGGUUGAUGGUUGUAAAGGUACUACACAACAAAGGAGAAGGGAGGAACAUAUGCCAUCCCAACCUCCAGCAGGCAAUAGUAGGCUAUAUAGCGUGAUUUAUAUCUAUCCGGUUCUCUACAGACUGCCCAUACUUUAGCAUGUGUUUGGUAAUGCUGUGAGCACGCCAGUUCAUCUUAUGUUGCACAGACAGGCAAAGUGACGCGGCCUGACGGUCCAAACCUGUUAUGUAACUGAGGAGCACUCUACCCCUUCCCCUCCUUCCUCCCUCCACCCCUCCCUCUCCGCUCUGGUGUUCUCUACGCUCUCCUUUCCCACUCUCUCCGCCCUCUAUCGGUUCUUCCCUCCCCAAUACCCCUACACUCAUUCAGGUUCUUACUCGUUCCCCACAUCCCAACCUUAUCCACUUUCGACUACAUAGCAACUCGCUUUCUCUUCCCUCCCUCCCUUCCCACUCGUAGUACUACACGUAGCGUACCUCGUCUGCACCCAAGGCCCGCACCCUACCUCUCCUUCCCCCCCCCGUCCCGUCCCAACGCCAACUGCGAGUGCGACUCAGUGCUGGGUUGCUAGCGUGCUGGCGGGGCGGGAGUUUGUUGCUGACUCUCUUGAUGUGGGUUUCCUUGCAGCACGGAACCCUCCCUUCCCUACAACGCAG